UUCCGCCAGUCUGCGGGGCGGGUUCCCGGAAGUGCUCCGCGUGGCGGGCUGCGGGGAUGGCGACGCCGCUGCGCGGGCGGCUGCGGGCGCUGGCGCUGGGAGGCUGCGGGCUGCUGCUGGGCUCGGCGCUGGCGGCGGGUGACGAGGGGCUGUACGCGGCGGUGAUGCCUGCGCUCCGCGCUCUUCCUCCCGAGGCCGCCCACGGGCUGGCCCUGCGCGCCGCCGCCCUGGGGCUGCUGCCGACCGACCGCCCUGACGGCCCCGCGCUGGAGGUGCGAGUCCUCGGGCAGCGGUUCCGCAACCCGGUGGGCCUGGCGGCUGGCUUCGACAAGCAGGGCGAGGCCGUGGAUGGACUGUACAAGAUUGGGUUUGGCUUCGUGGAAGUGGGGACGGUCACACCCCAGCCCCAGGAGGGCAACCCCAGACCCAGGGUCUUCCGGCUGGCAGAGGACGAGGCAAUCAUUAACAGGUAUGGGUUCAACAGCCACGGGCACGCUGCAGUGGAGCGCAGGCUGCGGGCCCGCCAGGAGACACAGCUCAGGCUCACUGGUGCGGGGAUGCCCCUUGGAGUCAACCUGGGCAAGAACAAAAGCUCUACCGAUGCCACAGCUGACUACGUGACUGGGGUCCGGAUGCUGGGCCCUUUGGCUGACUACCUGGUUGUGAAUGUGUCCAGCCCAAACACCCCAGGGCUGCGGGACCUGCAGGGCAAGACUGAGCUGCGGGACCUGCUGACCAAGGUACUGGCAGAGAGGGACAUGCUUCCCUGUGAGCACAAGCCGGCUGUGCUGGUGAAGAUUGCCCCUGACCUCACCAUGCGGGACAAGCAGGACAUAGCGAGCGUUGUCUGCGAGCUAGGUGUGGACGGGCUGAUUGUCAGCAACACCACCGUGAGCCGCCCCAGCACCCUCCGGAGCAGGCAGCGCACAGAGCCUGGGGGCCUCAGCGGAAAGCCCCUGCGGGAGCUCUCCACACAAACCAUCAGGGAGAUGUACUCCCUCACCCAAGGUAGGGGCAAAGCAGGGCUUGGGGCAUAUGCUGGCGUCACCCAUGCUGUCCUGACCCUGUGCCUGCCCACAGGCCAGGUGCCCAUCAUCGGGGUGGGGGGGGUCAGCAGUGGUCAUGAUGCCCUGGAGAAGAUCCGUGCUGGAGCCUCGCUUGUGCAGAUGUACACAGCACUCGUGUACCACGGGCCGCUGGUGGUGGGGAUGGUGAAGCGGGAACUGGAGGAGCUGCUGAGGAAGCAGGGAUUCAAGAAUGUCAUGGAGGCAGUCGGAGCAGAUCACCGGUGGUGACACUGCAGAGCCAGAGUCUAGCCAGGAGGAGCCAUGGCCAAGCAGGGACUGGUCUGUUGAUUCCAGUGCUGUACAGGCUGGAACUGAGCCGAGGGCCUGGUCCCAGCCCCUGCAAAGGGUCAGUGAUGGAUGAAUUGGGUUGCAUUGGUGGUGGGCUGGGGAGGGGGCCUUCAUGCUAGUGCCGCUGCCCAGGGCCAUAUUUUGGCUUUCCUGUGGGCUGGGCUCUGCAGCAGAAACCAGCACUGGGUUGCAUAAGGCUCUGCUGGGCAGUGAGGAAGGCCCCGAGGGGACAGCCUUGUGUGCUACUGUAGGCAGUCCUGUGCCCUGGCUCCUGCUGUAGUACAUCCCCAUGGAGGGGCACCCCUUCCCUGGUGCUGCUGCCCAGGCCCAUGGGACCCCCAAGCCAGGGACCCUGCAGCCUCCCCAGGAGGAUCUGCUCUCUUCCCUUCUCCACUCAUGGUCCUGUAACAAACCUGCAGGCUCUGGGUCCUGCCCCAGUGUCAAUAAAUGUUUGGCUCACCUG